UGCGGGCGCAGCCUCGACUGCUGCCACGACUACCCGCGGGCCUGCCCAGUGACCCCCUGCACCGUAUCUGAAUGGAGCGACUGGAGUGGCUGUGCAGAGCCCUGCAAGGCAACAUAUCGAGUCCGGAGAAGGCAUGUCGUUCGGGAGCAGAGGAAUGGAGGCGAGGCAUGUCCUCCUCUGGAGGAGAAGGCUGGCUGUGUGGAGUACUGGACCCAGCAAGGAGUGGAGUGCAAUCAUGCCCUUCUCCCAGCAUUAAUAACCACAGGAGGUUACGGGAAAGCACGAAGGAAGAGAGCUGCAUCCAGUGAAAAUGAAAGAGCAGGGUAUUGCGUUGAAUUCCAGCUUGCAGCCAUCACCGAAGGUUGUUUGCAUGGGAACAGUUCCUACACUCGGUGGAUGCGGUAUCUCAGUGAAGGACACAUAGCGUGUGUGGAGUGCCAGCACCCGGCCUUACAUUCCAGGAGUCUGCACUGCUAUGGUGACGGCAGUGGAAGCAAAAAGAACCAGCUGCUGCACUGGCAGGCUGUAGGAAAUCCUCGGUGCAGAGGAACUUGGAAGAGAAUUCGCCAGCUGGACACUUGCUCCUGUCCUUCUGUUCAUAGCUUCUUGUUCAUUUAACUCUUCCAAAUUAGCCCAGUGCCCGAGCCGUGUGCUGGCUUCUCUGGCACAAACUUUUAAGUAAUGACGGUAAUCGAUCUGGUGAUUAAUCAGUGUUGAAGACUGGGCUGAACUGCUUCAAGAAGGUUGCCACCUACAGAGGGUUAAGCUAAGGCCUCCUUCAUACACUUCUGUGCUUUUGUAUCCCUGAAGAAGGCAGAGAGAAACUGCAGUCUGUCUCCACACCUCCCUCCCUGCUGCCUCAGCAGUCUUUCUGUCCAGUCAGACAUCUUCUCUUCUUUCAAAGCUUUCCUCCCCCAGACCUGCCAGUGAUAAUCCACCAAGGAAUAGAAUUUACAAAUGACUAAAAUGAGCACAGAUUAAGUACCCAACAAAAGACAAAAGGAGUCUGUGCAAACUGGUUCCUCCUUUUGGUGGUAGUGCCCUUCCCUCGAGGACAUUUCUCCUUUCCCUUUAUUUAUAGAUCUUUCCCCCUUUUAUUCUCAUGCUGGUCCUUUUAUUCUCAUGCUGGUCUCUAUAUUGGGUUCUUAGUCUAAUGUAAGGUCUCACUGAAACCUGUGACAAAGCUCCCAUUGCCUUCAACAAUUGGCCCAAAAGGCUUGAUCCUGAAUGGUGGCGGUGGUUGCUGGACCCUGAUCCCAUCAAGGUAAUGGUAACAAUCAGGAUCAGGGCUGUUGAAUCAGUGAGAAUUGAUGAUCCUGCAAAGAACAGAGUCCUUAGACCUCAGGUUGCAAGGACCAUGGACUGUGUUAUCUUAUUGGAAGUGCCUUAUUCCUUGUGGUUCAGUCAUCUCCUGUGCAGUAGUGAGGUACUAAAACUCUCACUGCUUUUCUCUUGCAUCAGACAACUAUUUGAAAUAGUUUUCAUUACAAUCUCUUGGGUUUCUGUUUUGAAAAUGGUCUAUAAAUUAUAAUAAAAGAGACUUUAGAGACAUUCUAAUAGCAUUUUAUUAAUUUUCUCUCUUCAGCAGCUGGUCCUAAAGAAUUCAUCCUAACUGAUCUUGCUGUGAGGUUGAGUGAGGGUAGAUCACUCACCUAGUCUGUUUCCAAACCAUUCAGUUUGAAAAAGCAUCCUAAGCACCUUUCAUGAAUGGUGCCCAAAAGCAGAUGUGCGCUUUGGCCUACACAGGCAUUUUAAAUCCAAAGGGCACCUGAACAUUGCAACACCGAGCACCACAACAUCCAGUGUUUAGGGAGCUGCCUCCUUGGAGGCCCAGCGGAGCACUAGGAAGUGGUAGGAUUUAUGAUGCACCUUUCUGGUCAUCCUUUCCCACUGGUUCUGCUCAUUGUACCGCCUGUUGUGAUUCCUCUUCUUAGUAGCUGACUGUCUCAGGCAUGGUGUAGGGAUCUUAGGGUGCCUGUGCAUCAGUGCGGAGGCUGGUCUGAUCCACUGAUGCUGUGGUACUUUAAUUAGAGCAGCCCUUGGAGCUGUUCUGAUUAAAUUGCUGUCUUCCCCUCUGCCCCCCAACCCCCAGAGCAUGUGUAAAAGUGCUCUUAGAGCCUAGGUAAGGGGCCAAUUUCUUAAACAUCUUCUUGGAUCUAGUCCUUUACUACCCUGUGCAAUGCAUAGGGAGAAUUCAGUGAUUAAGAACAAUAUUCACAACACCCAGCACACUAAGUAGAGAACUGCCUAAAGUAGCCAACAAGCAGCAUUGGGGAGAGGUGUGUGGCUCAUUUAAUAUAAAAUAUUUAAAUAGUCAUUGGAGCAAGGACUGGAAGCCAAGUCAGGCCAUCCCCACCCAGGUGAGUGCCCUAACUAGUACGCAAGAGAGGGAUGCUCUCUUUGGCCCAAGACAUAUUCAGUUAUUGAAGUGGAGUGCUGUCAGCAGGAGGAACUGAGCACAACCUGCUUGGAAAUGCUUGAGAGAUUAGGACUUAGUGCAUGGUCCUGAAUGGUAACAGCUAGGGUUCAAAUCCCUUCGGGCCCUGGGAGUGCUCUCCCCACAGCACUAUGGGACAGGAGAGGUUGUCCGUCUUGGGUGGUCAUUGCAUCUAUAAGAACAGCCCUCACAGGUCCUCCUAGUUUGGCCAUCAUCAUGGGACUUGGGGAAACUGCUUGGAGCCUAUCAGGACUUUUGUGGCCAUGUGUAGCAGUAGAAAGGUAGGUACCUAGGAGUACGUCUAUACUACUCCCUCAGUGUUUGUGGGGAUGGGUGCUCUUGCCCUCUGCUCCUGUUCAAGCAGGCCAAGGCUGGAAAUGCAGCAGUGAAGCUUUUCCAAGGUCAUUUCUCAUGGCCACUGUCAAGCAUGCCCAAGACAGAGGUCUCAAGGGCAGCUGCAGCAAGGAGGUUUUUCUGAGGGCUUCACUGCUGCAUUUUGAGGCCUGGUCCAUAUGGUUGGGUGAAAUGUGCUUGAGAGCAUCCCUGUCUGAGGAUGCUGCAGAAGCAGCGUAGAAAUUGCCAAAGGGAAGUGCAAACAAUAGAAUAAGCGUUGCGGGGGGAGACAGGGGAGGGACUGUGACAAUUCUACUGGCACCUAAAAUAAUGGACUGAAAUACCCAGUACCUAAUUCCCAUUUGGGAGUCUAGUCUUAAAUGUAACUUUAAAGAAAGAGGUGUGGUAAGCUUUCUAGCUUGGCCUUGAUAGCAUGGCUCAUUAGGACAGCUAGUGUCACCUGUAUGUGCUAAGGUCCAUUUUACACACCCUGGUGCCACACUAUACAGCAGAGCUGUUCAGGGUGAAGGAGUGCCUAUAGCCACAAAAGCCUGAGGUGCAUUUGUAGCUCCCUUCCAUUCUCACAGUAAAUGGUAACAGAUAAAGUGAUCCUUGGGGCAGUUAAGUUAUCCGCUAUUCUUGUGUUGUGAAAGUCAGUGCUGCUCCACUCAUUUCUGUGAUCUCUGGCUGUCUUCACUGCUGAGCAAGGUGUGGAUUUACAUCAUGUGAGCCAAAUGAGAUUUGUGUUCUCGGUGGACAACCCUAGUGGAGACAAGGCACAGGGGUUUUUCCCCCUGAUGUCAACCUUAUACUUUCCUCCUGUGGUUUACUUCAAGGACCUACAAGGAGGUAAAAACUGUCACUGCUCAAGUGAGCAAUCUACAUGCACACUUAAGUUUACAGGGAAAUUGUUCACAUUCAUCAUGCUUCUGAAACUAGUGCCGUCCCUUGUGUUCACGGCCAGCCGGCUCCCAGGACUCCUGCUUAGAUUCAUACAGACUGGACGAGCAAGCAAGUUUUCCCAAGCCUUCCUUAGGUACUUCCUCUGCUUAACUUCUUUGCUCAGCCGACAUCAUGGUAAGGCACAGAGAAGACUUGGGCUUUGAGAGGGAUUUGAGAGCAGGGCUCUGCUUUUUAUUGUGUAUUAUCUCAGGGUAGCAAGGCGGGGAAAUAGCUUGUGCUUUGCUGUCUGAUGCAAUCUGGAACUAACUUGCCUUUGUGGUCUGCUCAGGAAUGCGAUCCUGAAUGACUUAUGAAUAGAUAAACCGAAUGCAGUGCGUGUGCUUUUUACAGUGAGGCAUUUCUAUCAAGCCAGAAGCGAGUUUCUCUGUAGGGAUAUGAGAUCAUGGAAACAUUUAGUCAUGGGAAGACGUUAUUUACACCUAGAGAGGCCCCAUCCUGGACGAAGUGUGAGUCCAAAGGGAGUUCUGCCAUUAACAUCAGGAACAGGAAGCUAAAGCCAAUAAUCAGAAGCACUUUUCACUUACAAAUGAUCAGAGCCAAUCCUAUAAGAAACUACGUCUCUAUUUUUACCAGGUGGUGGGAGCCCUCAGGUCUACUUGACUCUAGUGUGUGCAGAACUAGUCUUAAAGCUCAUACAAAUUUGGGGCUUUUAAUUAACUUCCUUUUUAAAAAAAAAAAGUCUUUCAAUGCUGCCCUCUGUAUAAUCUCCAUGCCAACCAGGGGUAUCAGUAUAUCUGUUGCAAACAUUAGAUCAUGGUGCCAUUUAGAAAACCUUAAUUAUAAUUAAUGACAUGAUGUGGCAGCUUAAUAGCAACUUGAUUCCAUUUGCCAAUUGCCUAUACAUUAACUGUACUAGGCUGGUGCAUUAGUAUACACAUUAAACAGGUUGUCCCAGUACCCCCUGACGAGUAUUUAUUACUCUGAUAAAUGGGCUUUGUUGGCUUUGCUACAUUGUUUUCAGGAUCUGUGAUUGCUAUGUGCCACAGGUAGGAAGUAAUUAUAUUUGGGAGAUGGCAAAUAUUAAAAAUGAGAGAGAGAGAUGUGGGUGCGGCGAGUAGGAAAGGCUAAUAGAAGUGUCAGGCCAACUUCCCCAUCAAUGAAACCUAUCUUAAGAUAUAAAUGAAUACCUGCUCCUGGCUUCUGUCCCCAGGGGCUUGGUCAUCCUUCACCCUUAUCAGUCUCCAUAAUGGCUUAGGGCUUGGAUUGAAGAGAAGACAAAGCUAUUGGAAAGCCCGUGCUAACUACCGUUGAAAAAUGGCUUCCCCCUGCAAACCAGCCAGCCAGCCUCGCAUCCAGAACAGGCUGUUUAUUAGAGAUGACAGUCGUUUCCAUGACAACCCGGCGAGCCUUUCCCCACUAGAUAUCAACAGGAGAACGGCUCCCACCACGAGUGGAUAAAGCCACGAGUCUUAGGCCAAUAACUCACAAAUCAGCCCGUGGGCAGCAGCAGUCAGCACCUGUCCCUGGUUUCUCCUUUGCAGCCAUGGGCUGGGCUUUCCGUACAAAGAAAAGCCAGUAAAUAAAAACCACAAGUAUUCAGAUUCUUUAUUUGUAGGUUGAAUAAGUAAUCCCUACCACCUAGGGAGGUUUGAUAGCCCUGCCCUUCCCUCAUAUUUCCCCUUUUCCUCUGCUUUUCCUUGUUCCCGUCUCCACGUUUCGGAGGGCUGUGGGGUGUGGGCGAGGGGCACAUGCUCAGUUUGAAACAUGCGUUUGAACCUCCCUGCAGAAAACUUCAACUUUUCAUCCAAAAAUGGAAAGCUGAAAGUGUUCCCAUUUUGAACAACUGAAACCUGACAAUUUAAGGCCAGCGCUAGUCUUUAAAAAUUCUUCUUGUUGUUGUUGUUAUUUUUAAAACUAAAAAUAAAGGCUCCCGAC